CCGGAGCAUAUAUAAUUUAAAAAAAGAGUUGAACAAUUAUAGAAAGAAAAACGCUCCCUAAUUACCAGUAAACCCUUUGUUCUGUAUUCUCCAUUUUCUUCAUCUGUUCAUCAUUUCUUGACUGCUCCGCUCACAGCGAUCGCAUAGUCAGAUAGGCGUUAUUUUCUUAGAAUCCUUCUUCCUCCUAUUUCCUUGGGUUUUCGAUUCUUUUAUGGCCUGUACAUGAUUUCGCAAUCUAUUUUUCUUGCCACAGAUUCUAGUACCAUGCUGAGUCAUCAAAAGAGAAGAACUUGACGAUUUUUCAGCCCUUUCACUUUCUGGAAGACUUCUUUCUUGAAUUAUGUGCACAUAGCUGAAUAGUUAAUUUGAAAGAUGGAAUCCAAGCAAAGUGUGAUUGCAAGGCUGAUAGGUUUUGAUGAGGCACUCCCUCCACAGGCUUUCUGUGAACAAAGAAUCUCAAGAAGGAUUCUGUCAGAAGAUUAUAUUCAAAAAACGGCUUCUAUUGGUUUGUGGGAGAAUAGUUCAUUUUCAGUUAAGAAGAAUAGUGAUAGUUCAUUAGAAUAUGAUCAGCUUUUAGAAGCUCAGAGACAUUCAGAUCUUUGUAAGCCAUCUGGAAAAACUAUUGAAGUAAGACAUAGUUCUGUGCAACAUCGCAAAAGUGACUUGCAACGUCCCAAACAGAGCCAAAAACACUAUGUUAAACUUGGAGAUGAAAGAAUUGUUAUUCCAGAGAAGAAGAGUGCGUCUAGAUUCUACAAGUUCAAACUUGGUCUUUCAAGAGCUUCAAAUGAAAGUCCUGAUUUUCUGAGGAAAACAGCGUGUUUAAUGGCUAAUCCAACCAAUCAUAGCGUUGGGAAUUCAAUUUCGGAGUGUGAUAACAUUCAUUCUGAAUCAAGUGCUUAUGCUUUGUCUACUCCAGAUGUUCUCUCCUCUCACAAUGUAGAAGCUCCAUUUAGACAGGAAUCAUUUAAUGGAUCCCCUCCAAACGUAAUGGUUUCUUUGAAAGAUACCAUAAUUGACCAAAAUUCUCCCAAGGAACCAAAUCAAAGCAGCCCAAAUUCAGUUCUCGAGCCACACUUUAAGGGGAUGAAACUUCCAAAAUCUGAAUGCUUUGAAGGUCCUGUUUUAGAUUUACAUAGUGUGGUAGAGCAGCUUCAGCUUCUUGAAAACAAUUCAGAGGAAACGUACUCUGAAGCAUCUGAAAUGGCCCUUUCAGUUGCUGAAAAUGCAGAAAAAAGGGAAUCAUUUUAUUCUUCUCAAGAACAGCUCGGGUUAUUUAGCAGUGAAGAAAGUAGAGACUUCUCUUACCUAGUAGACAUUUUGGACGAGGCACGUCUGAACUUUGAAGUGGACUUGGAAACAUGCGAUUCUUUGGAAUUCCCUAUAAACCCAUUAUUAUUUGAGGCCUUAGAGAUGAAAUAUGGUAAGCAGGUGUGUUGGUCUAAGCCUGAAAGGAGGCUUUUAUUUGACCGUAUAAAUUCAGGGUUGAGUCAGAUUUUGAAUUCUUUUAUGGAUAUCCAUAUUGAGUCUAAGUCCUUGAAGAUGAGCUUCUAUCCAACAUUGAGAAGAAGCGAAGUUGAGGAAGAAUUGUGGGUGUUGCUGGUUAGUGAAGAAAAGGAAGCAAGAAAGGACAUGUCUGAGAAGGGACUCGGGGUAGAAAGGAAUUGGUUGAAAAUGGAAAGAGAAAGAGAGAUAUGUGUUAUUUGUGAGGAAUUGGAGAAUUGCUUGUUCAUCGAACUAGCAUCAGAAUUAUAUUGCGUUUGAUAGUUAGAUUUUUUUAUUGAUUUUUCUUUCUACAUUUACAUCCAUUUUUUCAGGUCAUAUGCAACAUUGAAUUGCAGUUUUGUUCAUUACAUGCUAUAAGAUGAAUACAUUUGUAUAGGGAUAGACUUGGAAUAAAACACAAUUACAUUUAUAUAGGGA